UUCCGCACUUUCCAAAGUGACGAAAUCCAAGUUGGAAUCAUUCAGCUGCACACAGGGAAAGUUGGCCAGUUAGUUAAUUAUUUCAAAGCUGUGUUGAAAAUCAUACAGCGAACGCACAAAGGUGGUCCGGAAGGAUUGGACCCUGGUUUGAAAAGGUGCACUCGGAUCUUCCGUUCACAAUUAUGGUGGUGUUUGUCUGGAGACGGGGACUACGCACGUUGCAAAAUGCUGCACAGAGAAGUUGUAAAGGCGCGUGCUACUGUACUGCAUUGGCAGGUAAGAAGUCUGUGAAUGGCGUGGAACUGCACUACCAACAGACUGGGGUUGGAGACCAUGCACUGUUACUCAUGCCUGGAGCUUUGGGAAGCGGAGAGAUAGACUUUGGGCCACAGCUGAAGAGUUUGGAUAAGAAACAUUUCACAGUGGUGGCUUUUGACCCAAGAGGUUAUGGCAGAUCACGACCCCCACACAGAGACUUCCCCUCCGACUUUUUCCACAGAGACGCUCGAGAUGGUCUUCAGCUGAUGCAGACCUUGGGCUUUGGUCGCUUUUCUCUUCUGGGCUGGAGCGACGGUGGCAUCACAGCACUGAUUGCAGCAGCUCUAAGCCCGGCUAACAUCAGGAAGCUAGUGGUCUGGGGCUCCAAUGCCUACGUUUCCCAGGAGGACCUCGCCAUCUACAACUCAGUGCGAGACGUAUCACGCUGGAGUGAGCGUAUGCGGAGGCCAAUGGAGGAGAUGUAUGGAGCUGAGUACUUCAGAAACACUUGGGGUGCUUGGGUGGAUGGCAUCAGCCAGUUUACCCACAAUCCUCGGGGUAGUAUCUGUAUGGAAUUGUUACCUCAGAUCAGCUGUCCCACAUUAGUGGUUCAUGGCCAGAAGGACCCAAUGGUGCCCUCCUUCCACCCCCAAUUCCUGUCAGAACACAUUCCCAAUGUCCGGCUGCAUGUGAUGGCAGAAGGAAAGCACAACCUGCACCUGCGAUUUGCUGCUGAGUUCAACAGACUGGUGGAGGACUUCCUGCAGGAGUGAGGCCGCAGGUCACAGACAUGAUCCUCACCAAAGGGCUUACAGCCACCCAAGACUGGUGCCAAGCAGUUGCAUUACUGCUAAGCAGCUGACGCAUGAGGGUCCAGUCAUCCUGGUGUGGCCUGGACACUAAAUUCAUCUAUUUAAAGUAUUGUUUAAUUGUUAAAAUAUAAUAGUUGUACUGUGUGACUUGAUAUUUCAUGGUGGGGGGGGGGAUUACCAUUGUAAACAUCCACUUAUAAAUAUAAGUAUAUAUACUC